UGGCUCAGAGCGUUUCGUCGCCCUCGCCGGCCAUGGCGCCCGCUGCGGUGGUCGCCGUGGCGGACGAGGGAGCGUUCCGCAGCGAGCUAGCAUCGGCGAGCCCCGGGAGCGUCGUCUGUGCGCUCUUCUUCGCCGACUUUGCGAAGGGCAAGUUCAGCCAGGCGGAGCUGGCGCAGCUCCCCGCCCCCGGGGCCGCGCCGCUCCACCGCGUCGCCGUGGACGUGGGCUCGGACGAGGGCGAGGAGCUCGCGCUGGCACUCGGCGUGGGCAGCAAGCUCCCCGUGGUGCGCCUCUACGCAGCGCCUUCGGCUCAGCACGCCUUUGAGCUGCAGGGGGCCGAGUGCGAGUCGGGCGCCGUGGCGGCAAAGGUCGCGGAAGUGGCUCGCACGAGGCCCGCUUCUGCUGGCGGCGACAUCCGCGAGCAGGUGCGUGCAGCCUACGCCUCGACCGUGACCGGCGGCGCUUCCGUGCUGCCCGGGGACGUUGGCGACCCCCAGGCCCGCUCGGCGCUGCUCGGCUACCGCGAGGGCGACGUGAGCCAGUCUGCGGACCUCGGUCUGGGUUGUGGCAACCCGCUCAUCGCGGCGAAACUGCAGCCCGGGGAGGUGGUCCUCGACCUGGGCAGCGGCGCCGGCAUCGAUUGCUUCAUCGCUGCGAAGGAGGUCGGGAGCACCGGCCACGUCAUAGGCGUCGACAUGACACCCGAGAUGAUCGCCAAGGCCCGCAACAAUGCGACGAAGGAGAGGAUUAGCAACGUCUCGUUCCGGUUGGGCGAGAUUGAGCACUUGCCCGUCGGCGAUCGUGUGGUGAACUGCCUCAUCUCCAACUGCGUGAUCAACCUGUCCCCAGAGAAGCCGCAGGUGUACCGCGAGAUGAACCGGGUCUUGGUGCCAGGAGGGCGCAUCUCCAUCUCGGACGUCCUCCGCACCAGCGACAUUCCAGAGGAGCUGAAGACGGUGGAGAGCUACGCGUGCUGAGUUGCAGGGGCCUCUGCGGAGGACGAAAUGAAGGAGAUGCUGAUCAAUGCUGGCUUCACUGACAUCAAGAUACAGAUAAAAGAAAACGCGGCGGACAUCAUCAAAGGAUGGAUGCCCGACAGCGGGGCCGAGAAAUACGUCACAAGCGCGUACGUCACUGCCACCAAGCCGAUGGUCGGAGGAGACAUCCACGACGAUGUGCGCAAGGGUGUGUCGUGCUGUCAGCCGAUGGAUUUGAAACCAUCGAAGGGCCCGGCGAAGGCUGGUGCCUGAGGUUAGUGGUAGUUUUGCAGGGUACCAGAGGUCCAGUACGAGCAGCUCUGCACUUCACGACGAAACCUGUGAACCUAGCUGAAGCUUUGAUGUCUCACUUGCGAUACUGGAUCUCGGCUCCAAGCAAUGCCAUCUGAGCUUUCUAUCUCGUUCUCCUCUCCAGCGUCUCCCAUCUGAAGCUUCAUCGCCUCCCCUGCGCCAACCGCGUCUUCCCCUCGCACACAUCCUCAGCGGGCUACCCAUUCUAUAUUGUGAGCGGCAAAGUGAAGCUUGGGCGCAUAUCCGCCGCUCAUCUGGUAGUUGUUCCGCAGGUUGAGUUUAUACGCUGCAAUGCGUGGGUAGGCCCUGGAUGUACACGCCGACGUGCGUGGAGAGUUAGUCGCAUAAUCCGUGCGAGUAUCUUGAUGGCCGCACCGUACAGACAGGUAUGGCCAGCAUCGGUUUUUGUGUAUAGAUUUCGGUGAUGUCGUAUGGUCGUGCUUGCAUGUGUUGUCCGAUUAUAAUGAAGCUUUGUCGCAAGCUUCCCUUUCGUGGCGUCUCUCUGACUCCUACACUCACUGUCAUUACCAUUCCGAACUGCUCUCCGCUACGAUCUAUCCUGCAGCGUGCCAUGGUACUCCCAAUGUGCCGCCAGCUUCAGGGAAGCAGCUGUUGCCACAUGCCCUGCUUCAAAGCGGCCUGCGGCACGCAAGGCUGAGGCCGCGCCAUCGGGCAUCAAGUGCACGAACGAGCCAACUCAUGUCUAAUUCGCGCUGCACGACCGCCCUCCACUUCAUCCUCACCUCCCCUGCCUCUGAGAAGGGGGGGGGGGCCACGAGGCGGGGCGGAGCCCAUCAGCAGAGCCUGGCGCCUCGCACUCAUUCCUUCGGCGCGUGGUGCGGGCACGCCUGGGCCGCAAGCGAAGCCGCGUGCGCCCCCCGCGGAGGAGAGGGAGCGACGUCGGGGGGUUCGAACACAAGUGAUCUCGAAGCGAUUAGCGAAUGCUGUUGCCGCACCCUCACACCGCGGGGACGAGCACUGCUAAUUCACACGCGCAGUACAGCUGUGGCUGUUUUAGAACAGUGCAGACAGUCAUUUCGGAGCGACUUUCGGUGGCCCACAGUGAUACAUG